ACCAAGUUCAAUAUGUUAUUUAUGGAGUCCUACAUGUGUUAUUGCUCGGUGCGGCUUGGCUCGAUUUUGGUCUCUGUUCUGACGAUUAUUCGAAACUUAGCUCACAGUUUGGUUCUUUUCACGAUGGGCUUAAAAGUCUUCGAGCCAUUAAUCGAUUUGUUUGAGCAUGAUUCGGAAUACAAGGACAGGAAGUGGGUUAGAAAAUGCAUCAGUUGGAGUGAAGACUCUCCUGAGAGCUUCAACGCGUUUUUCCAGAUUAUAUCUUUUUCUCACAUAGCAGCUGCCAUGUUGUGUAUUUGGGGUUCCAUCAAGUUACAGAAAUGGCUUGUUCUCCCUUUGGCCUUCUUCGAGUUCUUAUACUUUAUAAAUAUUAUGGCGCUGCACAUUGUUCUGAUGAUCAUGCUGAAAAAACAAAUAAACCUGGGCUUUCUUAUAAUUCUUACACUUAUGGGGUGCUUUUAUAUACUUUUUGUUGGCUACAAUGCCAUCACCUGUGUGGCCAUGUUCCAAGUCAUUAGCCUGGUGAGGAGUCCCCGCUACCGCGAUCUCUAUGGUGAGGACCCAUUCCAUCCGCUGGCGAUGAGGACCAGUCAACAGAAGAACUCUCAGAAGCCGCUCCAGGUGCUUCGCAUGCACGACAUGGACGACACAGACAUCGACGAGCAAAAACGCCUGAGCAGGAUCGGAUUGUGGCCUCGCCGUCAGCCGCCAGUGGCUUCCGUCCUUCCCGAGCAGGCGCGGUAUCCACAGUCCCAGCUGAAGUGGUGGCAGCAGCAGGCCCUGAGCACAGGCGAUGCCAACCUGCAGGACACGUCUGUGUACCGCAACUGGCAGUCAAAGGAGCUCCUUAACGGAGCAGGCGGCAAGGUGCAACGCAAGAGCGACCUGAAUCGACGCUAUGCCGAAAACCAGAUGCAUCGAUGGUACUGA